GUCAAUUUGAAAAUCAACAAUCUAAGUUGGUUUGAUUGUUAUAGGCACAUGGUGUUAUAAUAUUUUUUUAAAGUUUCAUUAAUCAUAGUAAAAAAGACGUUAAAACAUGUCUAAUUUACUAGAAGUACUGGUGACUAGUGACUCAAAUAAUACUAUGUGGACAUGCUGUGUUUGGGAUCCUCAUAAUGGCACAAGUCUGAUGACUUAUAAAGGUGGUGGAACAGCUGAAUUAAAGACACUUUCAUUUAUCGGCAAUGAUUACCUUGUUGCCGUUGAAAAAGCUAAACCCAUUCUCCACGUUUGGCCUUUAAACUCACAUCAAACUGUGCAAGGCAUGCGUUUCGUAUUGCCAGGUAAAGCUAAUGCCUUUUCUAUAUCGAAAGAUGGAUCGUUCUGUGCUGCGGGAAUCGAUGAGAAGAUUUAUCUUUGGCAAGUUGCGUCUGGUAAUUUAUUAACAAUAUUAAAUCGACAUUACCAGAAGGUGAAUUUGAUAAAGUUUACAAGUUGUGGUCGAUAUUUUGUGUCCGCCGCUGAAGAUGGAAUGGUAAUGGUGUGGUCAUUGGCUGCAAUCGCCACGCACCCUGAAGUUGAGCUUGUCAACCAGGUUCGUGCUGGCCAACAUGAUCCAGUUUACAUAAUCUCAGAUCAUUCCCUACCUGUUACAGAUCUAUGUAUUAGUAAAAUGGGUAUACUAGGUCGCUUAUACACAGUUUCUAGUGAUAGAACUUGCAAAAUUUAUGAUCUAACUACAGGAGAUUUGUUAUUGAACUUAGUUUUUGAUAUUUCAUUAUCAAGUAUUGAAUUAGAUGUGUUGGAAUUAAAUGUAUUUGUAGGGGCUAUGAAAGGUGAUAUUUAUCAAUUUAGCCUUACAAAUCCUAUUAGAAAUAAAGAAUUGCUGAUGUCUGAAGAAAAUAGUCUAAUUUUUUCAUGUCAUACAGAUGCUAUUACAAGUUUAUCUGUUUCUCUUGAUGGUGAAACAUUAAUGUCAGCAUCAAAUGACAAACAACUAAUUUUAUGGCAUAUAAGAAGUAGACAGCCUAUAAAAAAAAUAAUGCAUAAAGGAUCAAUAACAAAUGCUUUCUUUACUCUUAACCGCCCAGCUAUAUAUACACAGGAUUUUAAGCCUAAAGUAAUAUUACAUAGUUUAGAACGGACUUUGGAGAAAGACAAUGAUGAAAUUACAGAAUUGGAAAUUUUGAUUGACAAAAAAAUCAAUUUCUGGCCUGAACAUCAAGAUAUAAGUUUGGAAGUUGAAACACCAUUAAAGGAAACAGGAAUUGAACUUAAGAAACAAGAGAAGUUGCUUAGAGAAGAAUUAAACCAACUUAAAUGGAUAAAUCAGAGUUUGUAUGCUUAUAGUGUUAACAAUACAUUAAACUCUACAAUAACAAAGGAUGUUCAAAAACCUACAGUUAACAAGAAAAAGAAGCGGAAGACAUUUACAUCUUAAAUUAAAUUAAUAUCAUUCUUGUAAUGUUUCAUUUGUUUUAUGAAAUUAUAAAUUGCCUGGAUUUAUGUCCAGUCGUCCUUACAUAUUUUCAGCAGUGGUUUUGUACUCGAUAU